UGAGCCCUGGUGGCCCAUGUGAAGAGAACGAUAUAUGGAUGCAGUGCUCCGGUAAUUCGAUAUGCGCCAACGGUUUUUGCACGUGCCCCAGCGGAGAACGAGUUAUCAGCGGUGUUUGUGCAGCGGUCGACUCACAAGGAGCACCAGGGGAAGUGUGCGAGCCAGGAUAUACAAAAUGUACAGGCGGUUCGAUAUGCGUUGACCACUAUUGCAAAUGCCUCUCAAAUCAGUUCCACAUCAAAAGUGGUUUUCAGCCAUCAGUAUCGUUAGUGAUAGCUAGGAAUUGUAAGAAAAAACGUGAUCGUAUGUAAAA